GAACCUUUUCCUGAGAUCCAACCUAAAGCUACCCUGACACAACUUCAGACCUUAAAAGGCACCAGAGGUUGUGAGGUUGCAAUUCAGAUAUCCAGGAGGAGCCUGUUAAUUUUUUAAUGCUGUUGUUUAGUUCUCAUGGGCACAAACUGCAGGUGCCUAAAGUGUUUGCUUUGGGAAAAGGGCUUAGAAGUGCGUAUUGCACGUCAACACAUGUUAGUUUUAUUUGUUUAUUUUUUUAAAUGCAAGGGGGAAUGUUUCUAUCUACAGAAACCAUGUUUAUUUGAAAGCCUAAUGAUUCCAUCAGGAGAAGUGUGCACGAUCAAACUUAAAAUCCACAAGAGUCUCGAUGACAUUUGAUUGUGCUGCCCUCACUUUAAAGUCCUCACUUGUCAAGUGAGCAGUCCAGUCUGCCAAGGGGAGACUUGGUGGUUUUGGUUUCCCAGGACCUGUUUUCUGUUUCAAAAAGUGAAGAGGAGGAGAGAGAGGAGAGUGUAUCCCUUUGGAAAGGCUUUCAUCUGCAGAGUGAUUUGCCUGGCUCAUCCUUUCCCAGAGAAUAAUGCCUUUUUAGGAUUAUUUCAGCAUUCAUUUCCCAGUGGCAGAACUGAAGAUAGCAGACUAAUUCCAUUGAUUGGCCUCUAUCUGAGGUAUCUAAAAUGGGUAUUUUAGACAGCAAAAACCCUUAGUAUUUUCAGCCUAUUUCUCAUAGCGAGUGAUUGCUUUACUAGUGAUUGCUUUACUAUUUUCAGCAUGUUCACUUAACUCUUGGUCAGUCUUCUGGGGGUUAAAACAAAAAUAGUAAUUUGUGAUGCUGAAGCCAAUCACUAGUGGUUAUAGAUAUGUUACUAUGACAAUUAGGACCAUUGCUGCAGAAUACUCUGUAGUGCAUUUUUUUGGGUUUAAGUAAAGGCUCUUGUUUCCUGGUGUAAAGGAUGAUCUGACAGUUUAUGACGAGCACUGUAGUAUAGGGAAUACCUGAACCAUUGUUAAAGCUCUUGGAAGGGUUUCUGGUUAACAGUGAUUUGCACAAGAAGCAUGUGGUCCAUCAGAAACUCUCAGGCUCCUCUUUAAGGUAUUUUACUGCUCUUGUCUUACUUGCUUUCCCUGAAAAAAAACCAACCCAUGGCUUUGAUGUUUUAUAGCUGCAUGAAAAUACCUUUUUUUCUACUUUUUUUUGAUACUACAUUUUGUUUCUUCAUUGCCUCCCCAAAUCCCAGACUGUGUGAGCAAAACUAACACUGUUUCUGGAGUUACCACUUUGCCACUGAUCUUGGUACUGCUGAGAGUCCCAGAGUUGUCUUCUUUCUUUGUGCUGUCUCACUGUUAGUGCAAAAUCUGGCAAGUGCCCCUCUUCAGCUCUUGCUGGGAUGUGCUAGUCAUGCUGUUCUUCUUGACCUCCAGAUGUUUUGUAUUGUACCAAAGUGCCUUUAUAGUUUUCUCUCUUAAUUUAUGACUUUUUAAAAUUAUUAUUAUAAUGAUCGUCAUCAAUAUUUUAUCUUGGUUUCUAAUUAUUAUUUCAGCGACAUCUGUCUGAGCCUUGUUGUUUUCAAGUCUAGAUUCAUCCUGAGUGUUGCUGGAAUUGUUUUCAAGAAGCCUCAGUGGUGUUUUCAGGCUUGAGACAAAGGGUAGAUGAUGAAGAGAACAGUGGGGACAAUGAAAUGAGCUAUAGUGAGAGUCAGUGGACAUGAGACUGAACUGAAGUAUGAACCUAAAAUAAAGCAAAAUCUGUGAGUGGAGGAGUGAGAUUAAAGUAAAACAUUGUCUUGAAAUGCACAAAGCAAAAAAGAUAAAUAGGAUGCAUAAAAAGGCUGGAAAAUUCAUGUAAAAGGGGGAAAUAUUUAUGCUAGCUAUACAAGAACAGUGUGAGAUAUUAUACCAGAAAUUUCAGGCUGAAAAAGUAGAAAAAAAAAAUCUUACUACAAAGAUUUAUUGGAGGACCUCGUCAAAGGAAUUAAAUAUGUGUGGGUUCAAGCACCUUCCUAGUCCAGUAAUUCUUCAGGAGAGGUGUUUCAAUGCACAUAUUUUUCUGGCCUGAUGUGGACCCCUCUGAAGGCUAUGGAGCAGUGUCCACUGUGCACAGUGGGCUUUGGGGCCCCUCUGAGCACGUGCUGGAGAAAGCAGCAGAAAAAAUAAUGUAUGGAGAACAUUCCUGCCAUCAGCAAGAAGAUGGCUUAGCUGAUUUAAUAGCUUUUUCUCAGUCUGUGAUUCUAUCAGCCAGGUUUGUGAUAUUUAUUUUAGUAUUCAUGUUCUUGCAGUCCUUUUUACAUUCCUCUGUUUUUCCCUGGCAGACAUCCCGCAGCUCUAUAAGUCUGGGGGAAGAGGAUGGUUAGCAUGUUGUUGCUGUGGGGAUUUGAGUCUUAGCUCUCUGUGUUGGUAAUGCCGGGCAUAUAAUUUUAAAACUUGCACACUGUAGAAGCAGAUAAUUAUUUCCCUGCUGCAUUUUAUACCCUGGUUUGAGAAAGGAAUACAUUUCAGAAUAUUAAAGGAAAGGAAAAGUUCCGGUUUGGGGGACUACUGGAAAUGGAAGCAGAAAGAGGGGAGUAAUGGGUGUCAGUCUGGUUAUCAGUCAAGCUGCAAAGAGACAGCUUGUUCUGUCAUACCAGGAGUGUCAGUAGUCAGCCAAGCACUUAUGCAGGAGGAAAACCAUAGACUGAAAGGUGUCUCCGAGGGGGUGUGCUGUUGAGGUGAGAUGUCCUGGUGCUCUCCCAUGGAUGUAGGGAGAUAGCAGCCAUGAUCCCCUGAGGAGGCCGAGCCCCGCGCCGCAAGCAUGGCCUUCGCCCAGUCGCAUAUCAUGGCAGCCCGGAGGCACCAGCACAGCAGGCUCAUCAUCGAGGUGGACGAGUACAGCUCCAACCCCACGCAGGCUUUCACCUUCUACAACAUCAACCAGGGGCGUUUCCAGCCCCCACAUGUGCAGAUGGUUGAUCCGGUGCCCCACGACGCUCCCAAACCUCCAGGAUAUACACGAUUUGUCUGUAUUUCUGAUACUCACUCAAGAACUGAUCCCAUCCAAAUGCCAUAUGGAGAUGUGUUAAUACAUGCUGGUGAUUUUACUGAGCUGGGACUUCCUAGUGAAGUAAAAAAAUUCAACGAGUGGCUAGGUAGCCUGCCCUAUGAAUACAAGAUUGUGAUAGCAGGAAAUCAUGAAUUGACCUUUGACCAGGAAUUCAUGGCUGACUUAAUCAAGCAGGACUUUUACUAUUUCCCCUCUGUUUCUAAGCUGAAGCCAGAGAGCUAUGAAAAUGUACAGUCUCUUCUAACAAACUGCAUCUAUCUUCAAGACUCUGAAGUGACGGUGAGGGGAUUCAGAAUAUAUGGCUCCCCUUGGCAACCUUGGUUUUAUGGCUGGGGCUUUAAUCUUCCACGAGGCCAAGCACUAUUAGAGAAAUGGAACCUUAUUCCAGAUGGAAUAGAUAUUCUUAUAACACAUGGACCACCUCUCGGUUUUCUAGACUGGGUUCCUAAGAAAAUGCAACGGGUAGGAUGUGUUGAGCUGCUGAACACGGUCCAGAGACGAAUACAGCCAAGGCUUCACGUUUUUGGACAUAUCCAUGAAGGUUAUGGUGUCAUGGCUGAUGGAACCACUACCUAUGUGAAUGCAUCUGUGUGCACUGUGAAUUACCAGCCACUUAAUCCACCUAUAGUUAUUGACUUACCUACUCCAAGGAACACAUGAUUAUAAUGAGGAUUUAAAGUUGUACCCAACACAUUAGCAACUUUAUAUUGCUGGCUGAGAAUCCCAAUAGGGAACCAUUCAACAAAAACAAAAAAAAAAACCAAAAUCCUUCUUUUUUUUCCCUGCUAGCUCUUCACAGAUAAAUUUCGAGUAACAAAAGUGGAUGAGGAACAAAGACAUUUUGGUGCCAGAAACAGAUUAAAGACUUAACAUUUCACCAUUAAAAUAUUUGUGAACACAGAAAAGUGAAUGCAUUCCACAUAUAAAUAUAUAUAUAUAUACAUACACAUAUAUAUAUAUCUAGUAGGGGCUUUUGUAUAUACCGUGUAUUGGACUUAUUAAAAGAACAAUGUCUUUCAAAGGAGUGUUUCUUUAAGAAAGUUUGCAGUUUAAACUUCAGUGUUUAGACUAGAAUUCCCUCAUUUCAGCUGUUUCCCAGUGAGCUCUUGGUAAAAGAAAAAUUAUGGUAAAGAUGUUUUCCCUUAAUUAACAUGGCAAAUAUAAAAGAUGCUGCACAAAUGACCAGUCACUGGAGAAAAGCUAUUACUCCAAGUCCUCCAAGUCUAAGUCUUUGCAUCUAUUCAAAACCAAUGCAAUAGAGGCCCUAAUUCACUGUACUGAAAUGAAGUUUUACUACAUCUGGCAUUACAGAUGGUAAGGGAAAUGGUGCAUAUUGCCAGCAUGCUGUAAACAGCUCAACAUUCAAGAAGGGAGACUGUGUUAAGUGCAGUAUAAACUCAGGAAUUUGUAACCUGUAAAAAAAAGGAUGACAUUUCCCUAAAAAAAAAAAAAAGAGAGAGAAAAAAAACAAAGAAGAAAAAAAUAUAACUCUGUUUUCAUAUGGUAAAGAGAUAGGUGACUGUAUUUAAAAAAAAAAGAACACAAAAAAAGAGAAAAAACACAAAAAGCCCACCCAACGAUCAGUAACGGUGUUUUAAAUAAAACCCACUGGGACCAUGAGUUUAAAACCUGCUGAUGGGACAUGCAGCUAAUGCUGAGAUGACUGGUUUGAGUCUGGCCCUGUUCAGGAGGGGUUAAAUGUCAUUGUGAUUAUUUUGUCCUCGGGGAACAUUGUGGAUGUUACAGGGAAGGUGCCAUCCCAAGGUGGGGUUUGGGGAUUCACUUCUAGGGAGCUGCAACGAGCACACACCGAUGGGCACAGGGCAGAGGGCACCUCCCCUGGGGUUGCUGUUUGCCCACUCAUGGACACUGCUGAGAGAGGCCCAGGACAACCUGAAAUCUAUCCCUGGUGCUGUAGGUGCCACCAGGCAGAGCAGGGGACGUGCCACGAGCUGGUUGGGGUGGCCCACAGUGGCACUGCCCAUGCAGCUCUCCUGCAGGCCAGCAGAGGUGUUGAAGCUGCUGGGAUUUCAGUCCUGUCCUAGGCAGAAGCUUAAGAAUUGAUUGGAAACCCACCAAAAAAAAGACAUGGAUUUCUGCCUUGGACUAACCAACAUCUCCUUUUGCCUUGAUGGAGGUUGUUUAGCUGCUGUAUUCUGAAUGUGGACAUCCUCAAUUUGGGGCUGAUGGCAUCUAGAUGUUAAUCUUGUUCCCACACGUUGGGCAGAGCUCAGCAGUGCCAGUUCAGAGCUGUCUGCAGGUCUGUGCGUGGUCCACCUCUGCACUCAUGCACUGGAUAAUUGUGUGUGUUACUUUUUGCCCAAUACGUGGAUGUAAAUGUGAGCUUCACGUGGCAGCUGCAUGUACAUGACACACAGGCACAAUCUAAAAUACCUGUGUUGCAAAACUAGGCUGUGUCAGCUGCAACUCUGAGCCAGGUGGGCAGAAACACUGCUUUUUGCUGUUUCCCAUGGGCAGCAGCUCUUCCAUCAGCUGCUGGGAGCCGAGAUAUUCCAGCCCAGUCACUAACUUGGACCCACAGGAAACCACCAGACCCCCGGAAAACAUGACAAGUCACAGGUCUGUCAUUCUUUGUAACCUGUUGGGUGACCUUGUGUCUAAACGGAUGUGCUGCUUUUUCCUGAAAACGAAACCCAAAACAGUCUUUGACGCCUGCAAGUGGGUUUUGGGUGAGUGGUUGGUUCCCAAGUGCUUGAGCAGCCUGCCGUGAAUUCAGAGGGGGCCACUUUUGUCAGAGCUACUGGUGUAGAAAUUGCAGAUCAACUCCUAAAUCAGCAAGAACUGAAAUUCAUAGUUGAAUAUGAACUCCUGCCGUCACUGGGAAGAUGAACAAUAGCACUGUAGUUAGAAUAAAAGUGUCUUAGCUAGUCACAAUUCAAGCAGUUUGCAACAAAUGUGGCAGGAAAUUGGCUGUAUGUUAAAGUCUGAAAUUUUUACAUUUGCUCAUGGCACUUAAGAGACUAAAAUGUUAAAGUGGGGGGAAGAGGUCCUUUUAUUUGCCUCAGCAACAUUUCUAUGUGGACCAUAAACUAUUCUCUUAAAAAAUAAUUUUUUCCUAAGGUAUCUUCCAAAUACUGUGUAUUUUUAUGUGGAAAGGAUAUGAAAGCAGCUGUUACUUAAAAAUAUCAUUUAAAGUACUUGAGGUAUGAAAGCUUAAAAGAUUAUUUAAUCAUUUUGGCAUAACUUGAAUGUUGUUGUAAUUUUUGGUCAAGCAUGUUAGACAAAUAAAGUCUUAAAAACAAAACAAAACAGAACAAAAUCACACAA